AUGUCAGUAGUUCACGGACCGUCGAAGAGGCUGCGCCGGGCGGUUCGGAGCAACGAUGCCCUGCUUGUCCGCCGUAUUGUCAAGGCCCACCCUGAUUUGAUCCACAACCCAGAUCAGUCCGCUACCGGUCUGUCUAACUCAAGCCUCCAUCUCGCUGCCAGCCUCGGCCAUCUCCACGUUUGCAAAACCUUGGUCGCUCUCGGCCACGAGCUUCCCACACCCGCCCUCAACGAUGAACACCAGACAGCGUUAAUGCUUGCCGCCUCGGCUGGCCAUACAGAAACCGUCCUAUUCCUCUCGGAGAACAAUCCGACGUCUAUACUCCGUCGUGAUGUCCGAGGUAGAGACGCAAUUAUGAUGGCUAGCAUGGGAGGUCACGACACCGUCCUACAGAUCCUCUUAACAUACGUGCCGGGAGGGGCGGAGAGUGCCGUUCAGAAUGCGGAUCUUGACGGAAAUACCGCCCUCCAUUUCGCUAGCAGUAACGGCAACCUCCUUAUUCUCCGGACCUUACUUGCCGCGGGGGCCGACCCGACGAAAAGAAACGUAUGGAGCUGGACCGCCAUCGCCUACAGCGCUACCGUGCAAGCCGAGGUCUACCUUAAAAGCCUCGUUUCGGAAGUCGAGAAGCGGAAGUGGGUGAAACUUAAGGCCGAAGAAAGCAGAAAAGGCGCCUCUAUUCGGAUGGUCGGUCAGGAAGCCAGCAUAGCAGAGUAA